CACGGAGUUGUUUCGCAACAAGAACCGAAACUUUGUCCCAUUUUUCGGAGAGAAAGUCGUCCCGAAGGGUGGUUGUGGCGCAGGGCGCUCAGGGCGAAUUAUCAACAGUGUCAUCUUUGCCGCUACUGAUAUUUUGGAACGAGUUUGACCGAGGAUGCGAGAGGGGGAUUCCAUCCCAUCCAUCUUCAAUCCCCGCCGACCCAGAACCCCAAGUGUGGUGGUGACAACGGAGGACGGGGAGGCAGCCCCUGUUCCCACCACCCCCGUCACCAAUGGUCCGUUCACCAGCAUACAAAAGCACCCUAGACAACAGGACUCCACCGAGCAAGCACCCUCGGAGCCUGACACAAGUGCUGCCAUACAGCCAAUAACAAAGCACUCUUCCAUCUGGAGCAAAUGCAAAAAAUUAAGUGAUUCGUGCAUUUCUUUGCCUGCGAGAAAGAUAUACUGUGGCGUUUGUGUCAUGGUCGUGGUUACGGGCUGUUGGGUGGGCACUGCUCACUCGUUCAAACUUUUGUACCGCCACCGCAGCGCUACUAAUGCUUCCUCACCCGCGAAACCCUUAUUUUACAACCUUACCACCCUAAACAAUGUUACAAACAUCACCAAAUCCGGAGAAAUUGUCAGCAUGAGGACAAUUCACUACGACGCGCCGUUUUGCACUGCGUGGUUUUUAACGAACUGGAACAUUUUGUUCUUGCCAUUUUACCUCCUCUGCCGAAUACCAGGAUCGAGGUGUUCGAACCCCACAAAGAUAAUUGCCGAAGCACUCAGACCGUUCAGAGAAAAGGGAUUUACGUUUACUCGUUUCUUUAUACGUCUGAUGUUCAUGACUGGCCUUUGGCUUGCAUCCUAUUACUGCCUGGUGCUCUCGCUGAGGACGAUCUACGUCACAGAUUCGCUUGCUUUAUUCGCAACAACUGUUUCCUUCGCCUACCUCCUUUCGUGGGUAAUUCUCCAUGAGCAAUUUGUUGGCAUAAGGAUUGUUGCUGUAAUCAUGUGCGAUACGGGGAUAGCGUUGAUCGCCUACAUGGACGGCAUCACGGAUAGUCCGACGCUAGGCGGAGUCGUCUUGGCUGUGACAUCAGCUACAGCGUUUGCGAUUUUUAAGGUUAUGCUAAGAAAAACGGUCGGCCCAAAUGCAAGCAGGGGCCAAAUCGCGGUGUGUCACUCAGCUCUUGGACUGAUGAAUGCGACGCUUUUGUGGCCUGUGGCCCUCGGACUUUUUCUCUCUGGCUCCGAGUCUGUCCCUUGGCCAGACCUGCCUUGGAUUACUUUGCUUGCAGCUUCCACUCUUCUGCUAGCAACCAAUUUAAUCAGCAACUUUGGGACGGUUUACACCUACGAAUUUUUCAUUACGAUUGGAUUAAUUGCCGCGGUUCCAUCAUCGGGAGCGGUGGAUAUUGUGCUGUACCACGCUGAAUUUGCUGGAAUGAGGCUGUCUGGCAUGAUUUUGAUUGCGAUCGGAUUCUUUCUUGUUUUCUUCCCAGAUAAUUGGCCAGACUAUAUCACCAGACUGCUCAGAAAUGUAAUUCUGCUAAGCCAUAGCGCUAGGUGGAGUCGGCGCCACAGACACGGCGCCCUCACAGGGCAGCGCCGCGACAUCGUCGAUUAUCGAACCGGAUACAUCAGGUCUCACUUGCGGUCGCCCUCGGGUAGGGUUCGGUGACCCACGCUUGAUGGGGGCAGCAUAAGCGGCAACGAGGCGUGGGAUUCAGACCAUGACCAGUAGGCCCCUUUAGGCGACCGGGACUAGACUUGGAUUCACAUUUUUUUUUUUAAUUUUUCAUUUUAUUCUUCGCCUUUCUUUUUAAAUAAUUUUAUCCUAACAUUUAUUUUUUAAAAUUUCAUCUUAUUAGAUUAUUUACUUUUUGAUAAAUACAUUUUUGCAGAAAUUUUGAAUGAUUUGAUUCCGGUCAAGUGUCCAGUCUCCGUGUAGCCCCCAUCGUGUUUCAACUUCCAGAUAGUUCGUACAUCCAAAAAUAGAAACUGAUAUAGAAAUGAAUGUGAUUUGUGGCCAAAUAAGGACAGUUUUAGCUGAUCUAAAUUGGUGUAUAUUUUCAUACAGAAAAUUAUGGGAACAUAUAAUGUAUAUUAUGUGUGAUUACCCAUUCAUGGUUAUUAUAAAAAGACUAAUUAAGAUAUUAUGUAUUCGACUGGAUUCGGAUUCCAAGUUGUGCGCAUAAAAUGUUAAAUAAUAAAAUAUUAUAAUAUUAUGCAGCAGUGGAAAAUUUAUGAAUUGAAAUGAAGGCAAGGCACCAACUGAAGAGGAAAUAUUUUAACUAUUAUAUAAGAUUUUAAUAUCGACUUGUACCACUGCAACUUUGCCAUGCACCACAAAAAUUACAAUUUUAAUCCAUAAACAUUGCAAAGUUGAUUUUUACCCGCAUAUUGCAGUCGCACACAAUACAUUGUAUUUGGAUGCAUAUGCUGCCUGUUACACACACACCCUUCAACCAGAUAAAUGUGCUUAGAAAAGAGUUAUUUAUGAGAUCAUCAAUGAUCUAACAAAUCGUUCAACAUAGACAUUUUCGUCUUGUGGCUGUAAAAUUCGAUCUGUUUGAUGUUUGGUAAUAAAAUAAAUAAACGAA